ACCAGGUCGUCCGCCGACUCUUCCAAUCCCAUCCCCAAAAUGCCCUCGCCCAAGGACUCCAAAGCCGUACCUGGAAAGAUCGAAGGUACGUUCGUUCCUUGUUGCACUCCCAUCGUCAUCAACACUGCUUGUGAAUUGCUUCAUCACACCUCCUCAUUCACUCUGCUACUUGUCGCUGCCAUUCGAGUCACCACUGUGCUGGUGCCAGCCGUCGUCGCUGUUCAUUAGCGCUCCGCUCAUUGCCAUGGCAUGGCGUUGCGACAUACACUCAACACCACUAUUCAUUUCUACUAAUCAUGCCUGAUGCAAGUCGUUCACGGGAACACGUUACUAACGCUGCUUCUCUUUCAGACCCAAGCCAGGAUAGAAGUAGUGACGACGCGAAGCCUACGACAAACGGUACAAAUGCGCAGCCAUUGGCGCCUCCACCAAAACCAACGCAAACUACGUCGACUGAUACCCCAGACUACUUCAGCUCAAAUCACAACUCUUC